GCGUAGCUAACCCGGCGAAGGAAUUGCGGUGCAAGGUGUGGACAAGAAGCAACGCGGGAAAAGAACACAAAGUGGAGACAGAUUCAUGAUGCACGCUGUGCAGUUCGCACUCACCUAAAUUUUCCUUCCUCACCACCACACCUACUCUGCUCCUCCCAAAGUCUUAACAAACGAUUCCAAGACCAAGACUUCAAACACGACGCCGAAGCAAGAAUCGUCCAGACAUACUGAAAAUUCCGAGCUCCAUGGUCGUCUAGUCCCCACCUCCCCGGCUCCCUUCCGGUAAUUCGACCGAUGGAGCCGGCGAGGUUCCGGUACUUGCCGGGCCAUGGCGGCGGCAGAGGGCUGGAGGAGGAGGACGACGAAGAAGGGAGCGACGCCGGCUGUUUCUUGGACGUGUACGUGCACGGCGCGCGCGGCAUCCACAACAUCUGCAUCUACGCGGACCAGGACGUGUACGCCCGGUUCUCGCUCACGUCCAGCCCGGGCCACGCGCCGGCGCUCUCCACGCGCGUGGCCGCCGCCGGCGGCGCCAGCCCGCGCUUCGACGAGCGCCUCCCGCCCCUUCGCGUCCGGCGCGGACGGAUCGGCACCGACGCGCUCAAGUGCGAGGUGUGGAUGCGCAGCGUCGCCAGGAGCGUCCUCGAGGACCAGCUCCUCGGGUUCGCGCUCGUGCCGCUCGCCGCCGUCGCGGCGGCCGACGGCGCGCGGCUGGCGCAGCAGGACUUCUCCCUCUCGUCCACCGACCUCAUCCACUCGCCCGCCGGCACCGUGCGGCUCUCCCUCGCCCUCCGUUCAGGCGGCGGUGACUCGUGCAGCGCGGCGCCGCCGGAGCGCGCGUCCAUCGCGUCGGAGGUGGUCAUCCUCGAGCCGCCCCCGGUAGAGUGCUACUCGAGGGUGGAGUUCCCUGACCUCAACGUUGCGAGAGAGAACGAGGACAUGGCCGUGCAGUGUCUGCCGUUCUUGCACCUCGGCGAGGCGCCGGUGCCGGCGCCAGAGGGCGCCAUGCAAGUGGGCACGAGCCCGCGCGGCGAGACUGCGAAGCCGGUGUCCUCGGACGGGGGCAAGAACGCCUCGACGACCACCACGGCCAGCGACGACAUGGCGAUCGAUAUCUCCUCUUCGGACCCGACAAAGAAGCCGCGGACCGACGCAGCCUCGCCGGAGACGCCGACGUCCAACGAAGGGACCGCGGCGCGCAAGGAGGUGGCCGACGUGUUCAAGUCCCCCAUGGGCGACAUCGACAUGGAGGCGGAGCAGAGCGCGAUGCAGCGGCAGAUCAUGGAGAUGUACAUGAAGAGCAUGCAGCAGUUCACCGAGUCGCUAGGCAGGAUGAACCUGCCGAUGGAGCUCGACGGCGGCACCGGGGUCGUCGUGCAGACGGAGGAGAAGAAGCCGGAGGCAGAGGCGAAGAAGGACGGGGCGAGGGUGUUCUAUGGAAGCAGAGCUUUCUUCUGAAGAAAACUAAAAUUAUUCAGAGUAAUUUUUUUGUGAUCUAUUCUUGCAAAUGUAAUGAUCAGAGUCUAGUUUGAUCAUCAGGUUUUGAUUGAUAAUUACUAUUGUUAACUUGAUUA